GAAGAAUCCAGUAAAUAGAACGCCUCAGAGCGAGCACGAGCUGACGAGAGUGUCGGCGCUGACGUCACGGCAGAGAGAGAGAGAGCUCGAGCUGAAUUGUUAAGCGCGAGCUUCACAGACGGGAGGCGCGCGCCGAGUCAACGGACACACAACUAAAACGAUAUGACCUCCAGCUGGUGUUGAGACGCUGAAAGGAGGGAGAACACGAGAAUAAACGUGUUUUUAUUACAUAUUCUUGUUUUUUUCUUCCUUCCAGCGACGUGAACACACACACGGACAUUUAGGAGUGAUUUUGGAGUCGUUUUUUUGGGCUACAAACAUGUCGUCCGCGGCGGUUGCUGCCUCCAGAAGGCAGAGCUGCUAUCUGUGCGACCUGCCCCGCAUGCCCUGGGCCAUGAUCUGGGAUUUUACCGAGCCCGUGUGCCGCGGAUGUGUCAACUGAGGCGCGGACCGGAUUGAGUUCGUUAUCGAGACGGCGAGGCAGCUGAAGAGAGCUCACGGCUUCCAGGUGCAGGAUGGCCGCUCUCCAGGCCCGGGGAAACCCCACCACCACCAGCACCAACACCACCAACACCAGCACCACCAGCAGCACGCCGGGAAGGAGAUCAACCACUCGGCGGUUGAUCCAACGUCCCGUCAACCGCCGCAGCCGUUGGACCGUUACCCGCUGUCUGAACGGCCGCCUCGGCUUGGAGCGGAGUACCAGGGUGGUGGAGGUGGAGGCAGCAGCAGGCAGGCGAACGGCCUCCCUCUGCUGCCGAACGGAUUUCCUAAACCAGACGAGCCUCCAGAGUUAAACCGACAGAGCCCAACAAACCCCCGCAGGACUAGCACGGUUCCUCCCAACCUGGUGCCUCUGGUGGUGAACGGAACCGCCAUUCACCCGCUGAACGGACGCCCGACGACGGCUCUUCAGAUGGGUCUGCCCGGGGUGCUGGCCGCGCCUGGUGGCCCCGGAGGAGAGCAGCAGCACGGUGGAGCCAACAAACGCCCGGAAGAGCUGAAAGACAAACACCACCACCACCACCAGCAGCAGCAGCAGCGGCCGGACAGCAUGUCGGACAGCAGCAGCAGCAUGUCGGACAGCCACAAGGAGUGGAUAGGAGGCAAAGGCAAAACAGUCAGAGACCUGAUGGCGCUGCACACUUUCGACAGCAGGUUUAAGAAGGAGCACGCCGCCAUGCAGAGGGUGAUGGGAUAUGACACGAGUGCCACUUCCUCAAAAACAGACAGGGGGAAGCACCCACGGAGCAUGAAGAGGAAGGCCUCCCCAGAGCCAGACGGUGAGGGCAGCGCCCCCAAGAUGAAUGGCGGUGAGGGCCAGCCGUGGCUCCCCUCGCCAUCUGAGGUCCUGAAGAUGCCCCCGGUCGCCCUGCCAGGCUUCUCGGCCGCUCCCCCAUCCACCAUCUCCCCCCACUCCCGCACCACACCCCCCGAGGCCGCCACGGCGCAGAACGGCCAGUCCCCCAUGGCGGCGCUCAUCCUCGCCACGGAUAACGCAGGCAGCACGGGCUCACCGAAGGACGCCAACCAGGUACACUCCACCACGGCGGGCGCACGGCGGAACAGCGGCAGCCCCCUGUCGCCGUCCUCGGCCUCGCAGAGGAGGCUGGCCCAGAGGGAGGGGCCUGUCACCAACACCUCUGCUCCACACGUGCCCGGGGGCAUGGACCCCCACGCACCGCCACUGCAGAGCAUCCCAGACUCUUCUGUGCCGCCUGGCAGCGUGCCGCUGUGCUGCACUCUGUGCCACGAGCGGCUGGAGGACACUCACUUCGUCCAGUGCCCGUCGGUGGCCUCACACAAGUUCUGCUUCCCCUGCUCCCGGGAGAGCAUCAAGCAGCAGGGCGCCACCGGCGAGGUGUACUGCCCCAGCGGCGAGCGGUGCCCGCUGGUCGGCUCCAACGUGCCCUGGGCCUUCAUGCAGGGGGAAAUAGCCACCAUUUUGGCCGGGGACAUAAAGGUAAAAAAGGAGAGGGACCCUUGAAAUGUUCACCAGCUGUUUUUCUUGAACUCCUUUCCUUUUGUAAUCCGACUACGGCAACAACAGCAGGACAUAAAGUAACACACUCACCCCCCCCAGAUAUAAAUCAUCCAGCGAGCCCCAGAGAGACUGACGGACAUGUACAUAGUGGACACAAGGGAAGUGUAUACUUCGUAAACAUGGCUGUAUAAUUUUUUUGAUUCUUCUUUUUCAAUACAUUGUGUUUCUAUAUUUUUUUGAAGAUAAAAGGUAUGUACUCUUCAUAACAGGCUCUUCCCCCAUCACACUUGUUUCUUUUCAAUCUGUUGGUGUACUUUAGGUCUGGAGACAGUCCUGUCAAACAUAGAAUGUGACUAAUCUGAGCACUUGGCAAAAAAAUAAUAAAAAAAAAAAACAAAGAAAAAAUGCUUCUAGCUGUACAUGUAUGCACUUGUUUUAAAAAAACUUGCCAAAUACAGUUUCAGACCUUGUAAUAAUA